AUGAAGACGGCAGUAACUCCCCCAGACCCUAAACCAGACCCAGACCCAGCCCCAGACCCAGCCUCAGACCCAGCCUCAGUCCCAGCCCCAGUCCCAGCCCAAGUCCCAGCCCCAGACCCAGCCUCAGACCCAGUCCCAGUCCCAGACCCAGUCCCAGCCCCAGACCCAGCCUCAGACCCAGCCUCAGACCCAGUCCCAGACCCAGCCUCAGACCCAGACCCAGUCCCAGACCCAGCCUCAGACCCAGUCCCAGCCCCAGACCCAGCCCCAGACCCAGCCUCAGACCCAGUCCCAGUCCCAGUCCCAGUCCCAGUCCCAGCCCCAGUCCCAGCCCCAGUCCCAGCCCCAGUCCCAGCCCCAGACCCAGCCUCAGACCCAGCCCCAGCCCCAGACCCAGCCUCAGACCCAGUCUCAGACCCAGUCCCAGCCCCAGACCCUGACCCAGACCCAGACCCAGCCUCAGACCCAGACCCAGACCCAGCUCGCUUCCACCUGGAGAGGCAGAUGGGUUAUUACCUGAUCCAGAUGUACAUCCCGUCUCUGCUCAUCGUGAUCCUGUCCUGGGUCUCCUUCUGGAUCAACAUGGACGCCGCGCCCGCCCGGGUCGGCCUCGGCAUCACCACCGUGCUCACCAUGACCACGCAGAGCUCCGGGUCCAGGGCGUCACUACCAAAGGUGUCCUAUGUGAAGGCCAUUGACAUCUGGAUGGCCGUGUGUUUGCUCUUCGUCUUCUCGGCGCUGCUGGAAUACGCCGCCGUGAACUUCAUCGCUCGCCAACACAAAGAGCUGCUGCGCUUCAGGAGGAGACGGAGGCACAUGAAGCUGAUCAAGUUCGCGGACGACACCACCCUCAUUGGACUCAUCUCCAACAACGAUGAGUCCGCCUACAGGAGGGAGGUGGACCGGCUGGUGUCCUGGUGCAGUGGUAACAACCUGGAGCUGAACGCCCAGAAGACAGUGGAGAUGAUUGUGGACUUCAGGAAGAGCACUGUCCCCCCGCCCCCACCCUCCGUGAUGGACUCCCCCAUCACCUCUGUGGAGUCCUUCCGUUUCCUGGGCACCACCAUCACCCAGGACCUCAAGUGGGAGCCGACCAUCAGCUCCCUCAUCAAGAAGGCCCAGCAGAGGAUGUACUUCCUGCGGCAGCUCAGGAAAGCCAAGCUGCCUGCACAGAUGUUGGUGCAGUUCUACACGGCCAUCAUCGAGUCCAUCCUCACCUCCUCCAUCACCGUGUGGUUCGCUGGAGCCACAGUCAGGGACAAACAGAGACUACAGCGCAUUGUGCGCUCUGCAGAGGAAGUGAUCGGCCGCAGCCUUCCAUCGCUGCAGGACCUGCAGGAGGCUGCGGUCCAUCAGGACUAG